AUGCGCGCCUUGCUUUCAGAGGUGGCUUCUCAACGAGCCAACAAAGUAUUCGCCCAGUUACCAUUCGAGUUCUUUCCCCGUGCCCUUUUCGACGCGAGGUGGCAGCGAAGUCCCUAUCUCGGCAGGUAUCUGAUCAGCAACUUCAAAAAGGGCUGGUUUGUCUACCUUUUCUGCGGCGUCAACGCGGCCGUCUUUGCCAUCUGGCGAUACCCUUCCCUUCUCGACCUCCCCUCCAAGCUCUUUUCCUCUUUCCAAACAAAACAGCAACCACAAGGGAGGGGUGGUAGAAGUAGCGAGAGGAGUGGUAGAAGUAGUAGAGGUCUGGGCAACAACGUGAGGACCAUCCACGAUCUCAAUAGGGGUCAGGAAGACGCGAGUUCGAAACGAUCUGGAUCCUUCCUUAGCCUUCAGAAUGAGGCCAAUCACUUGCAGACCCUCCGCCGCCACUUCACCAUCUCCCUCGACAACAGUGCCCAAGGCCGUUGGUGGACCAUUCUCACCUCGGCUGUCUCGCACCAGGAUCUCGACCAUAUUGUCAAGAACCUGACCACCUUCAUCAGCGUGGCCAGUAUCGGUAUCAACAGGGGUCUGUCCAACGGCCAGCUCUUUUGCGUCUGCCUGGGCUCUGCUGUCGCCGGGUCGGUGGGCCAACUAUGGCAUUUUGCACACAAGGUGGAAAGAGAUCGCCAGAGCCGUCGGCGAGGAGUUAUUAUGACCCGUUACGGCUUGGGGGCGAGCGGCAUCGUGAGCGGGUUGAGCGUUGCUAUGGCUAUGCUCUUUCCAUAUACUCCGGUGCAAAAGUUUGCUGGAAUGCUGCCGCUGCCGCUGCCGCUGCAGUUGUGGACGGUACCUUUGAUCAGCUUUGCCUACGAUUUGUGGAUGUUGAACGAUGAAAGUUCCAAGAUUGGACACGGGGCGCAUCUUGGUGGUGCCAUUUUCGGGGGACUGUACUCCUUUUUUGCAUUGAGAGGGCUCAGCCUGACACCUCACCGGUGGUAA